GGCGAGACUUGGUCGAGACUGAACCCAACAUUCUGUUCCGUUGAGAUACCGAAUUGUGGGAAACCUUCAGUUACGGUUUCGUGUUGACUCACUGACCAAUCUCUCGGAUAUGCCUACCAAGACCAAUAUCACAACGGACCAUCCUCCUCAACGAAAUGAUACAUCUAACAUCAUCAACACAUUAACAUACAACUAUCAGAAAUCAUCAGCUUCACCAUUCAUCUCAAUUAGUCAUGUCUAGCAGGCAAUAUCAUUGCAUUGGCAAGGGGUUCUGCGGCAGUGUCUGGGCUCUUGAUAAUGACACCGCACACACCGCCGCCAUAAAGCGGGAAGACGGCGGGCCCGAUCGAUCUGUCACAAACGAUUACAACAUGCAUGUUCGAAUUCUUCGAAGUGCAUUUCAAACCCCUCCUUCAACGCCCCUGUCGAUACCCGAAUGCCAUGGAUUGGUGCAACAGACCGAUGACUCUUGGUGGGAAACGCGCCUACAUCAAUUUCCCGCUGGCUACACAGCAUGUAGGGCACUUAUCUCAGAACGCAUACCCAAGAUACCUAGGUCGAUUAGCAACAAAAUCGUGGAUCUGUUCUGUGUGGGUAACGCUCCCCUGUCGGAAUUCGUGAAGCAAAACCACGCCGACGAUGCUUGCCUGGUCCGACCGUAUCUUGGACGAAUACGCGGUCACUACCAGAAGCAGACGGCAAGGCCCUCACGAUACCAACGCUUUAGUCUCCGCAAUGUGCCUCUUCACCUCGAUCAGAUGGAGAAGCUCGGUCUUGAUGUGGCUGCUUACGCAGAGACGAUGGCAGACGCCCUCGCGCUCAUGCAUUGGGGCGCUCAAGUUGAUGCCAAUGACGUCGAGUUCGUUCUGGCACCUCCACGACAGCAGGAGAAAGCACCAUACGCCUUUCAAUCUGAAUGGUUAGGCGAUCAUUGCUUGUGGAUUCUUGACUUUGAUUGUUGCCAUCCCAUCUCCAUGGAUGAGGCAGGCCUCGACAAAGCAUGCGUCGCGUUUUUCAAGAACGACCCGUUCUAUCCGAGGCCGCAAAGUCAGGAAUCUGCAGAUACGGCGUUGUGGAAUGUGUUCAAGGAGAGGUUCUUGGUGGCUAGUCGGAAGAUUCUUAGCCAAGGAGACAGGGAUGAGCAAUGGCUGGCAGAGGAGUUAGUGAAGAAGAUUGAGAUCGAAGGUCAAUUGAGAAGAAGCAAAAAGGAAAAAUUGGACAGCGCGUAAGCC